CCAAUGAAUGCCCGCUGAUUGGUCGGGGCUGGCCAAUCAGGGGCGCCAGGUGAAAUUUGAAAGCGAGUGGAGGCGGCAGCGCUGAGGGAAGCGGAGCGGCGGGGCCAGCGAGGAUAAUCAAGAUGGCUGCUACCUCCCACUUUGCCAGUCGGUACAAAAAGGAUUUGAGUACAGAAACCAUCAGAACAAAAGUUGCUCGCAGAAAAUCCAUGCUCCAAAAGGAGAACAGACACAAGUUGUUUGAAAAGGGCAGACAGUUUGGACUGACAGAUGUCAAUGUUCAGGUGUCAAAAACGAGGGGGAUUUCUCAAGUAAGUGGGGCAAGUGAAAUGUGCUCACAAGAAAACAGCAGUUUGAAACAGAAACAAUCUACAGAUGCAGCCACCAAGAGGAUGAAUGAACGCAGGGAAAUGCUUCAACGCUAUAAAGAAGAGAAGGAACUCCGAAAACUAAAAGAGCAAAGAGAAAAAGCAAAAAAGGGUGUGUUUAAAGUUGGGUUAUAUAAACCUACUGCAUGUGGAUUUCUUUCACUUGCACCUGAAGUUCCCACAACAACAAAGCCAAAAGAAAAGGCAGCUCCUGCUUUCUCUGAGAGGAUUACUCGAUCAAAGGCCAAGAACCAAACAGAAAAGGCUGUGAUAUCAACUGCAUCGAAGCCCUCUAUGGUCUGUGCCAAUGGGCAGAGCGUGCGCCCCACUCAAGCAGGACGUAAGCAGAUGAGUACAGACAAAACGACUGCAAAGGGGAAAGUGUUGCAGCCUUCAGCCCAGACAGCAUCAAAUGUAAGAAUUACCAGAGCAGCUGCCUCUGCAGCUAAGCAGGUGCCGAAAACAGCUGCAGCUACUACUGGUAACCUGUCACAGAGAAAGCCAGCAAAUGCAGCAAAGCAGAAGAAAGCAGUCAAACCUGACGUCAUAGAGGUAAUUCCUUUUAAACAUGAAGUGAAUGAAAAUGCUCCACUGGACCCAGUGAUAUGUUCAGCAUCAGAACUUAAACAGGAACAGACGUCUGGAGAAAAGAACAAUUCUGCUUCUGGAAGACCCAGAACACGCUCCUUUGCACCACAAAAUUUUGUAUUUCAGCCCUUAGAAGGACUGACAACCUACAAAGUUACACCCAUGACUCCUUCUAGGGCAAAUGCAUUUUUGUCACCUGAUGCCUUCUGGGAUUUUUCCAAAUCUCCAGUUAAUACAGUUGAAAAAUCCAGUGAAACUAAGGUACAGGAGCCUAAUUUAAAAAGUCAAAUUUCACCUUCUGAUCAAGACAUUCAAGAACAGCAAAUGACUACAAGUUUGCAAGGAGAAGCAAGUGAAUCUGAUGAGGAGUCUUCCAUUCAGAAAUCCAAUGAAACAGUAUCUGUAUCUACAGAAAUGGCAGUGACUGAAACAAAGUCAGUUGAUAUAAGAGAGCAAGAGCAUGAUGUGCCCUAUUUCAGAAACAUUCUUCAGUCUGAGACAGACAGACUGAUGUCUCAGUGCCUUCAGUGGGAUGGAAAACUUGAGCUGGACAUUCCAGAGGAUGCUAAAGAUCUCAUUCGCACAACAGUUGGCCAGACAAGACUGCUUGUAGCAGAAAGGUUUAAACAGUUUGAAGGACUGGUGGAUAACUGUGAAUUUAAGCGGGGUGAAAAGGAAACAACAUGUACAGACUUGGAUGGAUUUUGGGAUAUGAUUAAUUUUCAGAUUGAAGAUGUGAAUAAGAAAUUUGAUAAUCUGCAGAAGCUUCAAGAUAACAAAUGGCAACCAGUUGCUGUACCAGGCAAAGAAGUUAUCAAGAAAAAGGCUGUUCCAAAUAUGGUCUGUAAACCAAAGCUGGGAGCAGCUGGAAGGACUGCUGCCCGAAAGCGGCUUGCUGCUGUAAAAGCAGCUAUGAGGGAUAAAAUGAAGCACGAUGGAGUUGCUGAUAGUUCGUAUCAGGAUAAGCAACCAGAAGUAGAAAAAGUGGUUUUUGAAGCAGGAUUUUUCAGAAUUGAAAGCCCUGUGAAAAGCUUUCCAGGUUCACUUUCAAAGAUGCCUUGCAGAUCAUCCCAGCAGACUUCUGAAGGUCUGACAGCUCCAAGAUCAUCCAGAAGAGCUUUGCUGCAGAGCAGUUCUGUGCUUUGUAACCCUGAGGAUACAACUGCAAAGCAAACAACGCCACUGCUCAAAGGCUGCCACCCAGCACAACAUUUGGAAAUGCACCCAUUUCCCACUGAAACAACUCUCCCUGGUGGUUUUCUUGAACAAAGCAUUUCCCUCGUUGCAGAAGAACACAAUCCUGGCACAGCAGAGGGGACUAGGGUGCUGAAAAAUUGUAGCAGUGAAUUGAAAGUAGUGGAUGGCAUGGAAGAGAUAGAACUAUCUGCUCCAGAACAACAGGGACAAGAUAUCACCAUGUGCAGUCCAGAGAAGGAUGUUUUGUCGAGAGAUUUGGCUUCCAUUGACAGAACUUCAGAUACACCCAUGCUGGAUGGUGAGCUUCCCUUCACUCCAGUCAAGAACAACGUCCAGAAGUUUGCAGCAGCUGAAACAUUCAGUGACCUGAUUGUAUUUUCUCCUCUUUCUCCCUCUGGAGAAAAAUGAAUGACUGGAAAUUUAAAAUGAGUAAAUUAUAUUCAGUAAAAAACAGAGGCUGUCUGAAAUACCGUCUGCAACCCUUGAGCUGUGUUCUUCAUGACACCUACAGUAUUUCCUAGUGGAACUUGGUAGAAAACUUGGUAACAUUUCUGCCAUGAGCAAUAGUGCAGUCAUUGCACUGUGCACAUUGCUGUGCAGUUUGCUGGCUUUACCUCCUGCAUCCAAUGAAUACGUAUUCUUAUUUUUGUAUAAUUUCAUGUGUUUCUUGUCUCCUUUGAGUUGUGAAACUGUCCACCUUUAAUCUUCUCUGUCUUGACCUUAAUUACUUCAUGAGUUGUUUUUAUAAGAGAUGGGAUAUGGUUUGUGUAACAGACAUGUUCCAUUAGCUGCACCUAUCUACAUUUGUGAUGAGGGCACCUCCAGAGGUGCCUGUUAUCUACCCCCAAGCACUGUUUUGUAUUCAAUCAGUGCUGUGAGUGUGCUGUUGCACCCUUUAGUCCAGUACUCCAUGCAUUAACUGCACCUAAUCAGUAGAUGGGAUGAGGUUUGAUUCUUUCCUUUCCUGUGGGAUUUUUCCUAUUGCCUAACAAUCACUUGCUUUGUAACAGCAGAAAUUCAAGCAUUUCAAAAUCAGAUAACAUCUAUUCCUUACAUUGUAUUAAAUAGGGAUGGAUUUUUGAAGAUGCUCAGUGGUAAGCUGUGUCAUUAAGUACCUUCAAGCUAAAUUCCAUUUUCUCUUAUUUUUUCAUCUGGAAGUCUCUUAACCACUCUCCUUGCACAUUUGGCUGUUAACCUCAGCCUCCUCUUGCAUCUUGCUCCAUAAGCAUUCUCUCAUCUGGACUAAUAUAUUUAAGCACAAGGAGUGUGCCAGUUCCUCCUACUUCAACAUGGAGUGUAUAUGUAGUAGAGUACCUCCAGUUCUUAUAUUUUUAAGAGGUGUCUGAUUAGCCUGCUUCUUGUAAUGCUGUUCUUUGUGUGGUACACACAUUCUUCCACUGGUCUUUAUUGUCAGCUAAGCAAAUGUGACACAAACCCUUCAGCAGAAGGCAUUGUCAUUGCAUCUGGGGCUUCUUGUUUGACUGCAAUUCUAACUUGGAAGUUGUGUACUGAUAGCACUGAAAUAAAUGGAGGAAGCUGA